GCCAAUUUUCCAACAACAAGAAUUCUCUUCGCCUUUUUUCUGUCCCCCCAAAAAGUCAUCAAAACCCAUGAAUAAACCUGUGAUAGUGACUGAAGAAGAUCGGGAGAGAUACAACAAGUACCUGCGUAGACUUUCUCUAUACUACAGACAUUUAUUUCCAGUAGAAAAUAUCCAUAAAUGGCUCAACAGACUGAAUAGAGAAUCGAGUUAUUUUAGUAAAAGAGAAUUCGCCCUGGUGAAGCGAGAUGUGCAGAAGAAUAAAAUCUACAGCCGAUAUAAUUCCUUCAUGUCCCUCUAUUGGUUCCGGAAGCGUAUUCAAUAUGAGGUACCGCAUACAAUUGAAAUUGGGGCUGUUAUGAGUCAGAGGCCAAUCAAUGCAAGGAUUGGGAAGCACUGGUACGCCGUGGAGAAGGAAUUAGUAUUUGAUAUUGAUGUCUCUGACUACGAUGAGGUCAGGAUGUGCUGUAGAGGAGCGAGUAUUUGUCAGAAAUGCUGGAAAUUCAUGGUGGUGGCUUGCAAGAUCCUCCGUAUGGUUUUACAGGAUGAUUUUGGCUUUGAGGAAAUGCUGUGGGUGUUCAGUGGUCGUCGUGGGAUUCACUGCUGGGUAAGCGAUCAAACUGCCCGAAGCCUGACGAAGGAGCUCAGGGAAUCCCUCGUGAACUACUUCAUGCUGCCCCUGCGCUUCCUAAAGCGCAAUGAUGAGCUGCAGAUUAAAUGGGAGCAUCCCCUCAUUCAGAAAACCCUCAGAAUUGUAAAGGAGUACUUUGAGGAGAUCUGCCUGGAGGAUCAGGACUUCUUCUCAUCGUGGAAGAGUAUUGAAAAAUUCCUCAUUAAUGAAAUUCCCGGGGAGCAGAAUCGUAGGAAUCUCCGGGAGGUGAUCGACAAUGUCCACAGUCAUGGGUCAGUUGUCAUCUGGAGUGCCUUCUGUGCCUUUGUGGAAUCCCUGGAGGAUCGUGAGAGUCGUAAUUGUGAUCUAAUUGAAUCAAUUCAGCUGUAUUUACUCUACCCACGGUUGGAUUUGAAUGUUACCAAACAAAUUGAGCAUCUCCUCAAGACCCCCUUCAGUAUUCAUCCUGACACACAAAAGGUAGCCAUUCCCCUUGAUCCGGACAACAUUGAAUCCUUCAACAUUGACACAGUCCCCACACUUUCAAUCUUAACCAGAGAGAUUAGGGAUUGCCUGGCAAAGAAUGUUCCUGUAGUUAAAAGUUCCCUCAUGUAUCCAUCUUUGAUUUUCUUCAAGGAUUUUGUGGAGAAGAUCAAGUAAUCCAUGAGGUAGAAGAUGACAAAAUCCAGAGAAAGAGAGGAUUUAAUUCAAAAUUUUUAACGAACUUUUGGGAUUUUCUCUCGGAGAGAAACGUCAAAAAUGUGCCUCAGUCCGCUGAUGGA